AUGGCCACUCUCUUCGUUGAACAACCACUAAAUAACCACGCUGGAUUGCUGGAAAACCUCGACAACAUGCGGCCUACGAAGGUCUUUGGUGUUUUGGAAACCAUAACCAAAAUGGCAUAUCAAAGCUUGCAAAGACGAGAUGGUAUAUACGAUCUGGUAGACAUGACAGCAAUUUGUAUGCCGGACAUUGAAGCUAUUGACGUAUAUCCAGUUUAUUUGGAACGCAACCGUGGAGCUCGGUGUGGAACUGGAACCGUAUCCUAUAUGGACCUGGUCAACGGGGCAAUCAAAAUCAACGUGCAGAUGUAUACAUCUCCUCCAGGUUGCAAACAUACCCCAUCGAUUCGGAGCAGUUUCAUUUUCGCUUGGGGUGUCAUAUAUGUUGGAAAACCCGCUCAACCAUCUGGUAGUGACAAAAACUCUGUACAAAGGGAUGGCCAAACUCAGGAAUCUGACAUCCUGAGAUACAUCGCUGGAACUAUAAUGAACGGGUAG